AGUGCAGAAACAAGACAUCUGGACAAGUGGUAGCUAUUAAAAAAUUUGUGGAAUCCGAAGAUGAUCCUGUUAUUAAGAAAAUAGCACUAAGAGAAAUACGUAUGUUGAAGGAAUGUGUACUGGACUCCCCAGGGACCUUGUUGAAAUGCAGAUUCCAAGUCGAGGUGUGGGGGAAGCCUGAGGCCCUGCAUUUCCAGCAAACUCCCCAGUGGCGCAGAAGCUGCUGGUUCAUGGACCACACUUCAACAAUUAAAACACCCAAACCUUGUGAACCUCAUUGAGGUGUUCAGGAGAAAGAGGAAAAUGCAUUUAGUUUUUGAAUACUGUGAUCAUACACUUUUAAAUGAGCUGGAAAGAAGUCCAAAUGGAGUUGCUGAUGGAGUGAUCAAAAGUGUGUUAUGGCAAACACUUCAAGCUCUUAAUUUCUGUCAUAAACAUAACUGCAUUCACAGAGAUGUAAAACCUGAAAAUAUUCUAAUAACUAAGCAAGGAAUAAUCAAGAUCUGUGACUUUGGAUUUGCACGAAUUCUGAGAGUAGUUCGCAUGCUGGGAAAAUGUGACCCACCUCAUCUGAUCAUCGAUGCGUUUGCAGUUCCAGGAGAUGCCUACACUGAUUAUGUCGCUACACGAUGGUACCGAGCUCCUGAGCUUCUUGUGGGAGACACUCAGUAUGGUUCCUCAGUCGACGUAUGGGCUACUGGUUGCGUUUUUGCAGAGCUCCUGACGGGCCAGCCACUCUGGCCUGGAAAAUCGGAUGUGGAUCAACUUUAUCUGAUAAUCCGAACGCUGGGAAAACUUAUCCCAAGACAUCAAUUCAUCUUUAAAAGCAACCAGUUUUUUCAUGGCAUCAGUAUUCCUGAACCAGAAGACAUGGAAACUCUUGAAGAAAAGUUCUCGGGUGCUCAUCCCAAGGCUCUGAAUUUCAUGAAGGAGUGUCUGAAGAUGAAUCCGGAUGACAGAUUAACCUGUGCCCAACUCCUAGAGAGCCCCUACUUUGAUUCCUUCCAAGAGAACCAAAUUAAAAGAAAAACACGUAAUGAAGGAAGAAACAGAAGGCGUCAGCAGAAUCAACUGUUGCCUCUCAUACCAGGAAGCCACACCUCCCCCACACCUGAUGGAAGAAAACAAGUCCUCCAAUUAAAAUUUGAUCAUCUUCCAAACAUUUAGGAAAAUGUUCCUUCAAGUGGAAAGUAAUUUAAUAUGUACACAUUUUUGUACAGCGAGAUAGGAAUUCUCAGUGUUUCAAAUGCAAAUGAGCCAUAUGAAAAUUAAGAUGCCUUCUAGAAUUGUUUUGCUCUGAUCAUUACUGAUUCCUCUGCCCAUGCUUUUCACAUGCCAACUUUAUCUUUUAGAACAUUUUCUUUAAAUGUGACAAAGUCUGAAACUGCACGGGUGGAGGAGUUAUUUUCAGUUUCAUCAUAGCAGCCCCUCUUGAGGCGAUUCAUAUUGAGCAUUGGUGGGCUUAUACUUUGAUUUAUGAAAAAGAUUUGCAUAUAUCAUCUUGCUUCAGCUGACCACAUAAUGUCUUAGAGUAAGAUCAGACAACUUGCCUCGCCAUUGUUUGUGUUUGUUUCUGUAUCUGCUUUUUAAUUCACUCUUUUUGUCACCAGGUCUGUUGAGUAAUGCUGGUAUUUUACUGUGUUUUUAUAUUGGUGUAGGAAGGGAACCUUGAAAUGUCAUCUAGGUUUAUUCCUUGAUUCCAGGGCAGACUGUCUGGAAUCUUUCUGUCUCAUGAGACACUGACGUUUCUAUUUUUAAAGCUAGCUUGAGAAAAUUUUGUAUAUUUAUGUAGCAAAUAGUGGAUAAGCGACAAGGAAUUACCAUCUUCAUAAUACCCUGGGAUAACUGACUGCUGAUUCUAAUGCUAUUCUUUGGUACAUCCUGGCUUCUUAUCCUUUUCUCCUCCUGGCUAAAUCUCAGUACCUAAGCCUGUCCUCCUGGGUGUAUUUUCUGAAUAGUUUAUUAUCAACACUCUCCUGCAAACAUUUGCAUCCACAGCAUCUGUGAACUUGUGCUGGCCUGGACCUGUGCAUCACGAUCAAGUUUGUAAACAUUUCUGAGACCAGGAAAAUUAUCUUUCCGUUAUCUUCAUUUUGUGUCUCUUACCAAAAAAAAGGAGCAUACAAACAAAACACAAUAGUGAGCCCAGUUUACAUUGGGAUAUUUUCCCAAGUAUACUUCAGACCUACCUACCU